AUGAAUAUUCUAGGUAUUAACAAAGUCGCUGUAUGUGGGAAGCGGAGCACUUACAAAUUCAACAACAAAAUUUAUUACUUAGUUCAUAGUACAACAGAUGAACGCUCGAAUAUCGUACCAUUCAGAGACUCGCAAUUUCUAUAUCAGUGUUUCAUCUUCGAACAAGUGUCUUCCACACACGUCAAAGUGACUGUACUGUCAAAGAUAAACCCGGUUCCUUGGUGUCAUUCAACUAACGUCAAACUUGGGCUUCGAAGACAGACAACGAUGGACAGUCGAAUAUUCAAAACCCUUGUUGACCUUCCAAAGAUUGACAUAGAGAAUGUACCGUAUUAUGUUGAAAUAGAGCGGCAAGGCUUUGAAGCGAUGAUCCAACGAAAGAAAGUUGGCACUGUUAUAAUACAGACGGAGGAUUAUACCAUAACUGAGUUGUCGAGGUUUAAAGGUGAAAUUAACAUGUUCUGUUCGGGCAAUUUCAGAAAGAAGACGUCCCUUCAUUUGAACACAGAAACCCUAAUUCGGGUUGUUUUCCAAAAUCGGUGUAGAAUUAUAGAAAGCAACGACGACUGCUUUGUCGUUUUAAAAGGCCCUUCAAAAGACUACAAUGCAGCGGAAGACAAGCUCGAGUUCUCUGCGUUUUAUUACUCUGAUGAAUGUGUGUUAUACCAUUUUAAAUCAACAGAACGUGUUAUAGAGAAUCAAGAGAAGGUGGCGUACUUCUUUUUUAAUAAAGCAUACAUCAUGUUGUUGAAGGACACGGACGGAUAUUGGAACGUCCAGAUGGAAGUUGACUUCUCAGAGAAGACCACUGGGCUGUCUGUAGAAGUGAUCAGAACGUUUUUGAAGAACAUGAAGGACAACAUCGGAGCGACUAACGUCGACACAAUUAGAAGACUUCCCACGUUGAAAUUUGCUGUUGGUGGAAAUGUCCCACAAACGACGGGACAUGCUUUUUUCGUUAAGAUGCAGAGGACAACACUGUCGAAUAUCUGCUCAAUGCUAUCGAAAAAGGACGUCAAAAGUCUGCGCGCGACGUGCAAGCAACUUUGGUCACUGAUACACAACCUGUGUUCUACGGAAGAAAGUGACGAGAAUUGUACAUUAAACGAAGAAUCACCUUCGGGGACUGAAGAAGACAAACAAGUUCAAAACACUACUAAACCAGUGACGGAGAAGUCGGUUAUUCUUUUUAAAGAAACACAUCAAUACUUCACUGAGUUGAAUACUUACAAAUUCAACUUCCAUGUUUCUUUUAAUACAAAACAAGACGAGGAAAAGAGUCAAAUGCGGAUCAUCGAAAUCGAAGCACACAACAAUGUAGUCCGUUCGGUUGGAUUGGACAAAGACGGAACACAAUUGGUCAGUGGGUCUGCUGAUAGAAAGGUUAAAGUGUUCAAUUUGACAACAGACCCAAUAACAGGACGCGGACUGUUAGGACCCAAUAGCUCUAUUAUAUACUCUUCAUUUCUUUCCAAUUCGAUAUGUAUUGGAUACCGGUGUGGGACUAUAAAAUACUACGUCGAGGACUUGGUCCAGCCAGUCAUCUUCGAUUCGGUCAUCGGGAGGUUGGAAGGAUUCACUCCCAUAGACAAAUACAAUUACUUUGGGUGGAGAGACUCCGUGCAAAUAGUCGACUAUAACAACUUCAAGCAGACAGUCAAAUACAAUUACAGAGGCCACACAAAAAAGAUUACUGCGUGUUCCAGAUUUAAUGAGAAUGUAUAUUUGAGCGGAAGUUCAGAUAGAGCGUUGCACUUGUGGGAUAUCAGAUGUGGAAAGGGAAAGUUCGCAGAGAUGAAGCCCCAUAAAAGCGGGGUCAUUGGACUCGACACGUUCGACGACAACAAGUUUGGAAGCUUUGGGUGUGAGAAAAUACUGUGUUUGUGGGAUAUUAGAAUGCUCAAAUUGCCAACAAUAACUUUCGAUAAUCGAGUCGAAGUACUUACACAUGAAGGAAACGUUAUUGCGUGUGGGUGUGGUGACGGGAAGAUUCGGUUCUAUUUACUCGACUUGAUGCAGUUUGCAGAUGAUGUUCAGUGUAAUACCGGGUCAUCGUUUAGUACCAUCGACUACAAGAACCAGACUGUCGCUUGUGGUGCUAAGAAUGGAAGGGUGUAUGUUGCUAAGAGUUCUUUAUCUUUUUAG